UCGCCCCUCGCCCCUCGCCCCUCCCUCGACGCACCACUGCAUGCAGACGACGCUUUGUUUGUGCCUUCGCUGGCGGUGAUAUCCCUCCCCCGCCCCUUGGUCGGCUCCGUCCCGCGCAUCGCCACCUGCUCUUCUCCCAUUAAGCCAGAGCCGCCACUCCGUGCGCGUCUGCUCGUCGCGCCGGGCCCCGUAGAAUCCACCCUCAGCGGCCAUGAGCAACCUCGUAUACCCGGUUCAUGAUGAGCUUUCGCCGCCGACCGCGGUGGAAAGCUCCAUCAUCUGCAAUCUCCUGUCUCCGGACGAGUCGUGCCUGGUUGUCUUGCGCAGUUCUCUGCUCCAGGUGUUCCGUGUUUUGGAUCGGCGAACUGGCACCCCUGUCUCAAGUGCCACACUGCCGAAGGACGGCAAGCUUUGCCUGGCUUUCUCACACCGGCUCUGGGGCGAUGUCAUGUCCAUUCGCGCUGUUCGGCUGGACCCCUACCCGACUGAUGUGCUGAUUGUGGCGUCUCUGGAGGCCAAACUCUCGCUGGUGGUCUUUGACCCAUACUCCCAGUCGAUGGAGACCCUCUCGAUGCACCACUAUGAGGAUGAGUCUCUGAAGGAGGGCCGAGUGACCUUCAAUUCGGACCCCGAGUUGACGGUCGACCCGGCCAACCGGUGUGCCUCUCUCCGUGUUUACGACGACCAUUUUGCCAUCCUCCCCCUGGGACAAACGGGCAUGAUGGACCUUGAUGGGGAUGCCGCCAAGGAUCGGUCCCUGCUUACCGGAUCUAGCUUUGUGCUGGAUUGUUCCGACAUCGACAAUGGCUUCCGCAAUGUCAAAACGUCGGUCUUCUUGCAUGGCUACUACCAGCCCACCGUCACGGUCCUCUAUGAGCCCGUUCCCACAAGCCCAUCGCUUCUCGGCCUGCGCAAGGACACCCAUUCGAUCAUCACCUUCUCCCUGGACUUGGCUCGCGGUGAUAGUCAAGUCCUGUGGCGGCGCGCGUCCAUCCCCUUCGAUGCCUUCCAGCUGAUUGCUCUCCCCCGGCCGAUUGGCGGUGUCUUGGUCAUCUGUCACAGCUCCCUGAUCUAUGUCAGCCAUGAGUCCCUCAAUUAUGGCGUGGCUCUCAACGAGUUUGCCAAGCUCAGCGAUUAUCGUUUUGCCACCAAUUGGGCGUCCAUCGGAAUCGGACAAAUUUCCCUCGACGGCUCCAAAUGGUCCCUGCUGUCACCUUCUCGACUCCUGGCCUCCCUGCGAAAUGGCGACCUCUACAUGGUCGACAUUCUGGCCGAGGGGAGCUUCGUCAACCGCAUCUCGUUUGAGCGCCUCGCUUCGGCCGGUCUUCCCUCGGGAAUUUCGCCGAUCGGGUCAACGGGCUUCGUUUUCCUGAGCUCCCAGCUGGGUUUGCCCUUGCUGCUGCAUAUGGAGGAGAAAGGUCGCGCUGUCCUGCCUGUCACAAGUGCCGAGUCACCUGCACCGGCCCUUUCCUCCACCCAGGCAUCUGAGGGCUUCGAUGAGCUGGAUCUCUUGUUCGGCCAUACUGAAGGUGCCAGCACGGCCGGCGGGGCGGCCGAUCUGAAGCCCGCCUCGGCCAGCAGCGGUUGGCUCAUCACCGUGUCCGACUGGCUGCAUAACAUUGGCCCGAUCAAGGAUUUCGCUGUCGGCCGGGCGGUUGGCGUGUCUAACGCCAUCUCCAACAACGCGCUCUAUGAUUUUGUCGACAUUGUUGCCCUGUCCGGGCACGACUCGACGACCACCUUCUCCAUCAUGCAACGCGGAAUCCGGCCGCGGAUCCUCUCCUCCUUCGACAUGGAGGCGCAGGACAUCUUUAAUAUCCGCAGUUCCUCCGGGCCUGAUGCACAGGACGCUUUCUUGAUCCUCUCCUUCGCUGUGUCGCGCUCCUUGAUCCUCCAAUGUGGCGAGGGUCUCACUGAGCUGACCGACACCGGGCUCGUCGGCUCUGAGGCCACUAUUCAUGCGGAGCCCAUCGAGGGCACUGGAUGCUUCAUCCAGGUGACGCCCUCGACCCUGCGGAUCCUGAGCAUGCAUGACGCCUCGCUGGUGGCUUCGCUUGCGCUCAGUGCCCGAGCGCCGGACGCCUCGGCCGUGUCAGCCUCGAUGGCUGGGCCGUUGUUGGCGAUCCUCUUUUCGGACGGCAGCCUCCAGGCCCUCCAGUUCCAGCCCGAGCAGCAGCACUUCCACCCGGUCGAUCUUUCGGCCGUCAGCCUGCUUGGUGGUGACAAUGCGCAGCGUGUGACGGCCCUGGCGGCCUUCCACGACCGGGGGCACUUCCUUCGGCCCCUGGCCACUUUCCUCUCCCCUGCCGCCCUUGGGCAAUUGUGCAGUCGCGUCACGCCAGCCGGCUCCACCGGAGCCGGUGCCCCGACGGCUUCAAUGUCGGACCUCGGCACCCCGUCACUGGCCUCCGUAGACCUGGAUGACGAGGAUGACUUCCUGUAUGGCGGAUCGACCGCCGGAGGUGGUGGUGCUGCCGAGGCUCAAGCCAUGGAAGUUGAUGGCCCAUCGGAAUCCGGCUUCGGCGCCUCCGGCGGCGCCGGUCCGUUGCUUGGUGGCGAUGGCGCCCAGACCCCCCUGCAGGAGGCAUUGCGUGCGCUGGUGUCUCCCGAUGGCGCGGAGCAAUUCCUCUUCCUGGCUCUGGCCAGUGGCCAUCUGUUGGUCCUGCGGCUGCCGGCGGCUGCUCACUCGGGCCUGGCACCGGCCAUGGCCGAGGUGGUAUUGUUGAGCGAUGGUUUGGCCGAUGCCACCGGUGUCCUGGCCGAUCGGCCAGGGCUUGAGCAUCUUCUCUCGGACGCGGCCCCGCUGACGGAUGUCGUGGAGGAGUUGCUGCUGUUGCCACUUGGCGCCGACUCGCCUGAGGUGGUCGCCGCCACCAGCACGGCUGCCCCCGUGGCUGGGAGCCGGCCCAUUGCCAGUCUCUUCCUCAUGGCCGGCCAUCGAUCCGGCGAUGUGACAGCCUGGCGACUGUCAGAUGCCGGGCUCGGGUGUGCAUUCGAUGCGAUGCAUGGUGUCAACCUUGGCCUUGAGCAGGGGGACACCAAUGAUGCCAUGGGUCUGGCUGCGGCGGCGCGACGCACUCUCGGCCGUCUGGGGGGGCGUUUUGCACGAGUCGACUUGGCAGGGGCCAUUUUCCGGCCGAUGUCCGUGGACUUGGCCACGGCCAGCACCGGGGCCCUGCUGGCGGAUGCCGGCGAAGCACGUGCGGCCCAGGCUGCCGCCAAUCUCGAAGCCAAGCACAUCCAGUAUUGCGGUGUGCGGGCACAGAUCCUGGCCCAGGCCGCCGCGGCACAGGCCGCGGCGCAAGCCAGCUCCGGGCACCGGCGCAUGCGUGGUCCUCCGCCCUCGGCCGUGGCCAACAUCAGCCCCCAUCUGCAGUAUCAGCAGCAGCUCCUGCGAACGGCCGAGGACACGGCCCUGCGGGCGUUGCACCAAAUCCAAGAGCGCUUUCGCCACUCGACGGCGUAUUCCUCCAUGCCGGACACCGCGGCGCAAAUGGCCCAGGCCGUGGCUCGACUGCGGCACCGGCCGCGACGUUUGCGGGCCUUCACGCAUGUUGGCGCUUCCAGUCCCCUGGGCUUUGAGGGGGUCUUCGUGUGUGGUGCCCGCCCCAAGUGGAUUGUGUAUUCUCCACGCACAGGCUUCUGUGUGCAUAGCAUGCACGAUGACGGCCCAGUUCGUGCUUUCACCCCUCUGAGCAUUCAAAGCAGCCCGCGUGGCGUGGCAUACCUGGCCGAGGCAGUGAGCCACACGGCCCAUGGCCGGCCAACGUGCCGACUGCGUGUGUCUCAGCUUCCGAAAGACAUGAAGAUCGACAGUCCGUGGCCCAUUCGUCGUGUUCCUCUCCGUUGCCGGGCUCACAAGAUUGCCUAUCACCCGGAGAGCGGGCACUACAUUGUGGCCACCAGCCAGCUGGACACCUCGGCGGAUGUGGCCACCUCCGGCAUUGACUGCGAGGACCAGCAGGCUGGCGGGCCACUGCAGGCGAGCACCGUCACCUCUGACCUCGAGGCUGCGACCCAUGCGACCCCGAUGUCGAACGGGGCGCUGCCCAUCCCGCCCGACCGGCGGCGAUUCUCCAUCGAGCUGUGGUCGCCAUCGGCCUGGCUAGCCGGGCCCGCCGAUCGGAUCGAGCCGAUGCCAUCAUUCGCUCAAAUGCGGGAGGAUGGCGACGCCAGUGGGGUUGCCUCGGAGAAGAAUGCCGCUCGCCUGCGUGUCGAUGAGCAGGUCCUCGCUGUGGAGACCGUCUAUCUGGACACGACUGGUGCCGGGGUUGGGACCGAUGUGCCGACCGAGCGCCGGCCCUUCAUCGCCGUCGGCACUGGCACCCUGCGUGGGGCUGAUGAAUCGUGUGGUGGUCGCAUCCUCAUCUUCGAUGUGGUUGAGCGCCAUCAUUCCGACCCGAAGAAGGCAACCUCAUCACAUCGAUUGAAGCUUGUCUUCUCCAAGACCUUCCGCACCCCGGUGUCUGCGGUGACGGAGCUCGGCGGCCAUAUCGCUCUCGCCCUUGGACAGCGUAUUAUUCUCUACUCCUUCAAGGAUGCGGCGGAUUUGGUUGGGCGCGCUUUUCUCGAUGUUCAUACCUAUGUGACGGCCCUGUCUUCGGUGGCAGGGCGAUACCUGCUGGUGGGUGACGCCCUGCGGGGGGUUUGCUUUGCUCGGUAUAAGGGCCAUCCGCUGGUGGGGCUGGAUAUCAUCGGCUCAGAUCGGGGAGAGGUUCGCCGCCACUCGCCCGUCGGUUCGGGAGAGUUCAUCGUCGACGACACCUCCCUGGCCAUGGUCUCUCUGGAUGAUGCGGGCUCCAUGCACGUUCUGCGCUAUGAUCCGGCAUCCAUCCAAAGUAUUGCCGGAAAGCGCCUCCUGCGUACGGCUGAUAUGCAUGUCGGUGCCAACCAGCUUAGCUGCCCCCGGUCCUUCAGAUUCUCGAUGCGUUCCCCGAGUGUCCGAUCCUCGCGCCAGCAGUUUACCCUCUUUGCCAGCUCCGAAGGUGUUCUUUCCUCGGUGGCUCCGGUCCCCGAGCGACGCUUCCAUCGUCUGUCACUUCUGCAGCGCAAGCUCACCUCCGGCCCAACUUUGGCCGCCUUGUCCUCCAGCGAAUAUGGCGCUGCCACGUCAGCCCAGGUGGUCCUGCCAUCGACUGCGGCUGCGGCCGCGGCUGCGGCUGCUACUGACCUGUCUCCGGCGGUCGAGGCUCUGCGCGACCUCCUUUCGGCGCCGGUCCUCCCGGCUGCCGCCCUUCGCCCGUUGGGCAGCCUCAAUCCCCGCGCUUUCCGAGUCCCACGUGCCAUCGGGCCUCACCGGUCGGCCGGUGCCGGGCCCGGUGCCGGAUCUGGCCGCCGGCGCGGCGUGGUCGACAUCGUGCUCAUCCGCCAUGCCUUCCUCAACUCGAGCAUGCGCGAGCAGCGCGAGAUCGCCCGGCGCAUCGGCUCCAGCGUGGAGCAGCUCUUCGACGAUCUCCUCUUCCUGGAGCACAGCCUGGAUAUUUUCUGAGCCCCAAUCCAUGAAUACACGUGAUAUAUCCAA